AUGAGUACCGACAACCCGACCGCACCUCCCGCCAAGACGCCCUCUUCGCCCGGCGACUCGUCCUCGACCACGAGCUGGACCGCGACCGAGGUCGCCAUCUCCGACCCGGGCGACAGCGCUACCGCGACACCGUCGUCGCCAGUCGACUCGCUUUCGACCCGCCCCGAGCAGGCCCACACGGCCAGGUCGCUCGAGGCCUCGUCGAACGAAGACGGCUCGCCCGGCGGCGGCGACCACAAGCUCAAGACGCCCAGCUCGCCGACCUGGUCCCGCUCCAAGCUUCCCGUCUCGGACGACGAGCGCGAGGGCGGUGUCGUUGAACCUGUCAAAACCAACUCGCUCGACUCGAGCACGAGCGCCGUCGUUGACAAGGAGGACAAGCCGACCAACGACGCCGCCCUGCCGAAAGACCUCUCGACCCCGGCCAAGCCGGCCUCGGCUCGUCCCGCGUUCGUCGUCACGCGCCCGACUGCCAUGGGCGAGAACGAGGUCGUCAACGUCACGCAGCCGAGCACGCCGUCCGCGAGCGUCCACGAGGACGACGAGCCGGCCAACAACGCCGCUCUCAAGGCCGUCGAGGUCGCGCUCAAGCCCGCCGCCAGCCCCGACUCGCUCAAGCCCGUCAUCCAGAUCACGACGUUCCUCCCCGACACGCAGGCAUUCGUCGCCUCGCCCGCGUCGACCAACCUCCCGUCGGCCAUCUCGCCCCGCACGUCGGCCUUCUUCUCGUCCGACUUCUCGAUGAGCGGGCCGCGCAGCCCGCCUCGGCCCGGCGGCGCCAUCAUCAUGGAGCUGCCCUCGGACGUCGAGCUCGACGUCGACAUCGAGGUGCGUCGCUCGGCGAGGACCGUCGUCUCGAGCGCCGGCGAGCAGGCCAACGCUCGCAUCCAGCCGGCGGCGCUGCCGCAGCGGACGUCGCCCGCCACGUCGACCAAGCACCGCUCGCGCUCGCCGUCGCCGCAGCCGCCUCCUCGCGAGCGCCGCGCCGACGAGCCCUUGUUCAAGUCGCGCGACCGCCGCUCGCGCUCGCGUCAGCGCCACGCCGGCGCGUCGCACUCGCACGGCGCCAACCUGAGCGACGCCGACUCGUCCGCCUCGGAGCCCGACGCAGCCGGCCGCACGCCGUUCCUCCCGCGGCGCACCGUCGUGUCAAGCGCGGCGCCGUUCCUGAGCCGCACCGAGUUACUCAGGGAGCAGUCGAGGCGCCGCGAGCGCGACCAGGAGCGCGAGCGCGAUCGUCGAGACGAGCCUGAGCCGGUCCGUGCGCGGCGCGAGGCGCCGCACGAUGAGCCCCAGCGCUCGAGCGAGGGCCGUCGUCGCGACCACGAGCGCGACGAGCGCCGCAGGGACGAGCGCGAUGCCGAGCGGCGCCACCGCGACGUCGAGUCGGCCCGUCGCGAGCCUGCGCACGAGCCUCGUCGUCCCGAGGCGGCCCGCCACGACCAGGCCGCGACCCGCAGCCGCCGCCACGAGUCGGAGCGGCACGACUCGCGCCGCCGCGACGCUGCCUCGGCCGAGCAGCCGCGCAAGCCGGCCCUUGCUCGGCUCCUCGACGCGGUCCAGGACGCGCUCGACCACGAUCCGACAGCGUACUACGCGCUCAAGGGCCUCCUCUCGGAGCACGAGCUCUCGAUCUCGCAGCGCCGGCGCUCGCACGAGCGCAAAGCGCCCGGGCCGGUCGAGCGCCACCACGAGCGGGACGAGGACCGCAGCUCGGUGCGCGACGGGCGCGACGGGCUCGUGAGGGACGAGCAGCGGUCGUACGAGCGCGAGAGGCGCGAGAAGCGGAUCCCGGUGGACUUGCUCGGACGGACUGGGGGCGGGAGCGGGUCGGAGACGGAGGUCGGGUUUGAGAAGGUCAAGCGCGGCGACGGCUCCAAGUCGUCACACUCGCAGCGCGCACCGGGCAGCAAGUUGCGCACGCCCCGCUUCUUCUCGACCCACCCACCUCGCCGCGAUUCGCCCUCGCCGCCCCUGUACCCGUCGCACCUCUCGCCGCAACGCACCUCGCACACGCACCGCCAGACGCCCGACCUCGUCCGACCCGUCCCUGUCCACGCGCACGACGACGCCCCGAGGUCGCGCGACGAGUCGGAGCGUCGCGCGCCGCGCCCCGCGCAGACGCUCACGCUCGCGCAGGCGGCCAAGCUCGCUGCUGGGCUCGGCGACGAGCGCCUCGCCGAGGAGCUGCGCGCGAGCGGCCUGAGUGGGCGGGACAAGGUGACCAAGCUCGGCGAGCGCGUCAAAGACUCGAGUCGCGAGGACGGCGAGCGCCGGGACGAGGGGCGCUUGAGCGCCAAGGUCAAGGUCCACAAGGCGUCGGGCAAGGUCGGCGCCGACGAGGAGCUCAAGCUGCGGCGCCGUCACGGCGACGAGCGCGGCGAGUCGUCGUCGUCGUCCCGGCACGGACCCUCGACCUCGGCCAAGGACGCCCUGCGCUCGAGCAUCUUCAAGGUCCGCCCGCCAGUCGUCAUUGACGACGUCCCCGUCGUCUCUGCCGCGACGGGCAAGUCGUCGCGCCGGCGCAGGGACAACGACGAGCCGUACCGCUCGCCGACGACGGGCUCGGCGGCCCGCGCGACGUCGCACUUUGACCGCCCGUCGCGCUCGGCGGCUGCCGCGUCGCAGUCGUACGACUUGGACGACUAUGCGUAG